GGCUAAGAGCGGGGGGGUAGACAAAUGGCUCAGGUGGACCUAGGGCUGGAGCUGUCCUGGGGGAGCUUGCUCGCUGCAGCGGUGCUGGGGAUCAGAUCGCCAGGGCAAACACCUUCUCGGACGUGGGGGUCACCAUGAGCCGUUUCCUGAAUGUGCUCCGGAGCUGGCUGGUCAUGGUGUCCAUCAUAGCCAUGGGGAACACGCUGCAGAGCUUCCGAGACCAUUCCUUCCUCUAUGAAAAGCUCUACACUGGCAAACCCAACCUUGUGAAUGGCCUCCAAGCUCGGACCUUUGGAAUUUGGACCUUGCUCUCAUCGGUGAUUCGCUGCCUCUGUGCCAUUGACAUCCACAAUAAGACGCUCUAUCACAUCACACUGUGGACCUUCUUCCUCGCCCUGGGCCACUUCCUGUCUGAGUUGCUUGUGUUUGGAACUGCAGCUCCCACAAUCGGCGUCCUGGCACCCCUGAUGGUGGCAAGUUUCUCAAUCCUGGGCAUGCUGGUCGGGCUGCGGUACCUGGAGGCAGAACCAGUAUCCAGGCAGAAGAAAAGGAAUUGAGGCCAGCGCUACCACCUCCAAAACAUUCUCAUCUUCCACCUCUGCUGUCUUCCUCCUUCAUCCUCUCUUCUGUUCAGUUUCUUCUCAGCUCUGUCCUCAGCCCCUUUCCCACUUUUAGCCUCUAAAUUUUCUGGUUUUGUUUUCCAUUUUAAAAUUUUUAAGAUGUAUCACGCACACAGAAAAGCACAUCACACGUAUGAAUAAUUUAAAGAUAAUUUUAAAGUGGCUACUCUCCCUAACACCAUCUGAGUCAAGAAACUGCCACUGAGGCCCUCCCACACCCACGACCACCUUCCCCCCCACGCUCCCUUUUCCAAAGCCUUCUGCUUGUUUUCCUUUUACUUCCGUCCCCUGAUUUGAUUUGUGUGGUGGGAAGAGGAGACUGAACUGAAAGCUGCUGCCCACCCCGAGCAGCUGUGACCAAGGGCUGCUUCACGGCAUCGUCCACACGCACUGCGGCUGGACCCGAGACUCGGAACCGUCCCUGGGACAGGGACAGGGACAGGCAGUGCUUCUGAAGAGGGCUCGAGCAGGACCAAGGCUCCUCUCUUACCACAGGCAGGGGAGGGUUGGGAGAGUCUGGGCUGUUUUUAGACCUUCUGGUCAAUUGUAUUUGUGUCACAGAUUUUGUAAUUAAA